UCUUCUUCUCAACCAUCCGACCAUGAGCUCCUCCUCCUCCGCCUCCGACGAAGGCCCGAAGCUCCCUCACGACGUCGCCGUCGAGGUCCUGAAGCGGCUGCCGGUGGGAUCCCUCCUCCGGUGCAGGUGCGUAUGCCGGCCGUGGCGCGCCGCCAUCGACGACCCUCGUUUCGCGGCCCUCCACCUGCGCCACUCCGCCCUCGACGCCUCCAAUCGGUACCUCGUGAGCAUAGACUGGCGGGAUCCCGUCCACAGCCUGCACUCUCCUUUUGCCGACCCGUUGCAAAUCGAAAUCCCGUUCGUCACUCCCCCUCCCGACAGUUACCGUGUCGUCGGCUCGUGUAACGGUCUGAUCUGCAUCACCGAAAUCUCCAGAAACGUCUGUGACCAGACGACGUAUCUGGGGAAUUUGUUCACGAGGAAGCACAAGGCGGUUCGGCGGUCCGGUCGGGAGCACCAAUUCAUUUGCAGGGACACUGCUCAUGUGGUUCUAGGGUUUUGGUUCGACGCCCCGUCGAAUGACUAUUUGAUUGUGAGGAUUGUCUAUUGUAUGGAUAAUCGGAGUCGAAGCUUCGGGAGGGCGAUGUCUCCGGUCGAGAUUUAUUCGCUCGGUACAGAUUCCUGGAGAAGUUUGGAGUGUGAGGUUCCUGCUUUCUGCGCCUACAGACCCGCGGUCUCCGUGAAUGGGAAGCUGCACUGGUUUGCUUUCGACUUCGAUGAUCUGUUGGGCGACGUCGGGUUCGGAUCGAUAGUCUUGUUCGAUGUCGCGGGUGAGGUGUUUGAUGAAAUGGCUCUGCCGGAAGAGAUUCUUCACAUGGACAGUGUCGUUUCGGUAGUGUCUGUGGCGGUAUUGAAUGACUUGCUGGCUGUGUUCAUUAGUCGUGGGGGGCCACUUGGGCAUCCUGAUUUGCAUUCCAAUUGUUCUGUUUGGGUUAUGAGAGACUACGGCGUGCCUGAGUCUUGGACUAAGCUGUAUACUUUUGAGGCUAGUGGAUUGGUAUAUGGAUUUGAUGGCUUCACGUGGAAUGGUGAACUUAUGGUGGAGAUAGAUAGUGGAGAACGAGUUUCUUGGAAUCCAAUCACGGGACAAUUCACAGAACUUCCAUUAUGGACGACAUGCGAUUUGGUACCCGUCGUAGAGAGCCUCGUUUCACUUUAGAUAUGACUCGAUUGCUGCUACAUUUACCGGUACGAAAGAUUGAUUCUGCUUGUAGAAAAGUUGAAAGUUACAUCGGAAUUGAGAAGAAAUGUUUUAUUCAUAUACGCUCUGGCCACAAAAUGAUAAGCAGAGGAAGUGAGGUGCUGCCCAUUUACUUUUGAUACUUCUUGCAAGCUUUAGAAUACAUUUUCAUUUUCACUUUAUA